CUCCUGCUGCAGGGAGAGGGAUCGCCGGCGGAGUGAGGGAUCUUGCCAGCCCAACCUACUUCGGAAGCCGAUCUGGUCCGACCCGAUCCCCGCUACCAGGUCCCCCGCAUGCAGCCCUCACCCUGGAGCGGAGGCGGCGGAUCGAGGAGCUCUCAAGAUCCUCCCGGCAGCGGCUGCUCCAGUCCAGGGACAGGAUGUUUUCCAAGUUCACCUCCAUCCUGCAGCACGCCGUGGAGGCGCUUGCGCCAUCCCUUCCAUUGCAAGAAGACUUUGUUUACCACUGGAAGGCAAUUACCCAUUACUACAUAGAGACGUCAGAUGACAAAGCUCCAGUGACCGAUACCAAUAUUCCAUCCCACCUGGAGCAGAUGUUGGAUAUUUUAGUUCAGGAAGAGAAUGAGAGGGAAUCUGGGGAAACAGGGCCUUGCAUGGAAUAUUUGCUACAUCACAAGAUCUUGGAGACUUUGUACACCCUGGGCAAAGCUGAUUGUCCUCCUGGCAUGAAACAGCAGGUUUUAUCAUUUUAUACAAAACUUCUGGGAAGAAUACAACAGCCUCUUCUCCCACACAUAAAUGUACACAGGCCUGUACAGAAAUUAAUCAGACUUUGUGGUGAAGUCUUGGCAACGCCCACAGAAAACGAAGAAAUCCAGUUUCUCUGCACAGUGUGUGCAAAGCUGAAACAAGAUCCAUACUUGGUUAACUUCUUCCUUGAGGUGAUUCAAGACCCUGUCCUACACACUUCCAGGAGGCAGAACAAGCUAAAAGGGCUGGCUUCAAAAGGUGCGGCAAGCCUAAUUGCAGAAGACGUGCUAAAAGGCCAAGAUUCUCUGGCGACAGAUACAGGACAGUCUGUUCAGCCUGGAGAAACAUCAAGCGGAGCAGAGCAAGCAGAGAGAGCGAACGACCUUCCUCAGCAGGCAGAUGACCUGUCCAGAAGUCUAGAUGAAUUAAGCAUCCCUUCACCUCCUGAGGCGUUGGCUGUUCGUCCACAUGGGGACUAUAAUUUGGUGAACUCUCUGCUCAAUCUCACCAAAAGUCCAGAUGGCCGAAUAGCAGUGAAAGCUUGUGAAGGCCUCAUGCUUCUAGUGAGUCUGCCCGAACCAGCUGCUGCCAAAUGUUUGACACAGAGUACGUGCUUGUGUGAACUGCUGACAGACAGGCUGGCCUCUCUCUACAAAGCCCUCCCUCAGUCGAUGGACCCUUUGGAUAUUGAAACAGUGGAAGGAGUUAACUGGGGCUUGGAUUCCUACAGCCACAAAGAAGAUGCAUCUGCUUUUCCGGGGAAAAGAGCCUUGAUUUCAUUUCUGUCCUGGUUUGAUUACUGUGAUCAACUUAUUAAGGAAGCUCACAAGACAACUGCUGUUGCCAUGGCAAGCUCAGUGAGAGAACGUUUUUUCAUUGGCGUAAUGGAACCCCAGCUAAUGCAAACCUCAGAGAUUGGGAUUCUCACAUCAACUGCCCUGUUACAUCGUAUCGUUCGUCAAGUUUCUUCCGAUGCCUUGGUGCAUGAAAUGGUUUGUUUUAUCCUUGGAGAGCAGAGGGAGCCAGAAAAACCUACGGACAUCAACAGACACCCCUUGCGACAUUGCUUAAUUGAGCACUGUGAUCACAUUUCAGAUGAGAUCAGCAUAAUGACACUAAGAAUGUUUGAGCACCUUUUGCAAAAGCCUGAUGAACACAUUCUUUAUAACUUGGUUCUUAGAAAUUUAGAGGAAAGGAACUAUACAGAAUAUAAACCACCCUGCCAAGAAGAUAAAGAUGUGGUAGAGAAUGGCCAGAUAGCAGGAGCCGUAGAUCUGGAAGAGGAUCCGUUAUUUACAGACCUUUCUCCUGAUACCAUGUUGUCAAACCAAGAGUGGCUUAGUGCUUCUCCACCUGCCAGCCCAGAUCAUCCCAAAAAUGAUGGGAAGACUGAAGUUCAUAAAAUUGUAAAUAGUUUUCUCUGUCUUGUACCAGAUGAAGCCAAAUCUUCCUACCAUGUUGAGGGCACAGGUUAUGAUACCUACCUCAGAGAUGCCCAUCGACAAUUCCGGGAUUAUUGCGCCAUAUGCUUACGAUGGGAAUGGCCCGGCUCUCCUAAAGCUUUGGAAAAGUGCAAUUUAGAAGCUCCGUUCUUUGAAGGAUAUUUCCUGAAAGUACUGUUUGAUAGAAUGGGCAGAAUACUUGAUCAGCCAUAUGAUGUCAAUCUACAAGUGACAUCUGUAUUGUCCAAGCUUUCCUUGUUUCCACAUCCACAUACCCAUGAAUACCUCUUGGAUCCCUAUGUAAAUCUGGCUUCUGGCUGCCGCUCUCUUUUUUCAGUCAUUGUCAGGGUCGUUGGAGAUCUCAUGGUGAGGAUCCAACGCAUACCCGAUUUCACGCCUAAACUUCUACUGGUCAGGAAGCGUCUCCUUGGCUUGGAACCUGAAGGGCCUAUAGUUGACCACAUGACAUUACUAGAAGGUGUGAUUGUAUUAGAAGAGUUUUGUAAAGAGCUGGCUGCAAUCGCAUUUGUGAAAUACCAUGCCUCGUCCACACCAUAAGCAGAUACUUUGAGUGUCCAAACUACAAGAUUUGUCUCGUGUUUCAAUCAGAAAGACUGAUAACAGUUCCUAGGCAAGGAAGGAAAAAGCAUUGGCAUAUAUUUGGAGGACUCCUAUGGGACAAAUUCAAAUUGUAGUGCUGGUUUCGUAUUCAUUGACAGUCACCAUAUGGAAAUGGAAAAUGGGUUUUUUACUCACAACAUAAUCAAAGGGAUAUCAGCAGAACAGAACAAGCUCAAAGAGCUAUGCACAUCAGGACUUUAGUUUAAAAAGUUCCCUUAUUUUAAUGACCUUCUAGGAGGGAGGAAUUUUUAUAUCCUUUAGGGUUCAUAGGCUUUUAAAAAAAAUAGUUUUUGUCUCAGCUGAGGUGUGUUUUAUCCCUUUAAAUGAAAAACAGCCAGUGAUUAAAGCAUUCUAAAGUAUUUCACACAACGUAGAAAAGAAAGAAGAAGCUGCAAAUGCAUCCACAGCUUAAAAUGAGAUCAUUUUUCUUUGUAUAUAUUUCAUGUUGUUUGAGUCCUUUAUCCAUUUUGGGUUCCAGAGUAUCGCUGAUGUGUCUGUUGCACUAGAACAAGUGGUGACAAUGUAUACCCAAGUGCUGGUUUUCUUUGAAUACUUCCUUAUUCUCCCUUGUUAGGUUGCAUAAUUUUAUUGGCCUUCUGUUUUGAAUUGGAGCCCUGUAUUAUUUAUCCAAAUGUCCAUUUAUAAGAAUAUUAGAGGGUUUUUAAGAUUCUUCUAUGAUCAAUUGGCUGAAGAGUAUCUUGUGCCUUGAUGAUUAGCAGUAUCAAUGUUUUGUGCUUUUAAAAUACUUUAUUGCUUAGCUCGUUUGAAUGACUGUAGCCUGGGAUAGCUAAUACACCUUUUGGCUGAUGCCACUUUUUAAUAGUCUAUAUGGAUUCAAAUUCCUUGCAGGCUGUUGCAUGCCUUGGGUUGCAAACUUAUAGUCUUAUUGUUUGCAACAGGAAUCCAUUAUAAGCCAAGAAAAAAAAAGAUUCUUUUAUUUUGCUUUUGUCAGACGUCAAGUAGAUUGGUCUGCCAGACAAUCUAGGGUAGAUGUAAGAUGAGGGACCAACUAUCCCUCUCUUUCUUUCCUCUUACUCGUCCCUUCCAGUUCCUCAUGUACUGAAAACUCCAAACAAGUAUGCUGUCUACCUUGAGAUACAGAUGUUCUCUGUAUAUGCUUUUUGCUCUCACAAGGAAAGCAGAAGAUUACAAAUGUUCACUUAAGCUGGA